AUGGGUUCUGAUGUACGUGACCUGAACUCCCUGCUGCCCCCGUUCCCUACAGGCCCGAGCCCUGGCUGCCCAGCCCUGCCGGUCAGCUCAGCCCCUCAGUGGGCUCCUGUCCUGGACUUCCAUGCUGCUGGAUCCCCUUAUUCCUCCCUUGCUGCCCCCCACAGCUCCCUGGGGCCACAUUCCUUCAUCAAGCAGGAGCCCAGCUGGGGGACCAACAGUGACCCCCACCACCACGACGCUGACCCUCACUGCGGCCUCAGCGCCUUCACCGUCCACUUCUCAGGGCAGUUCACGGGGACCGGGGCCUGCAGGUAUGGAGCAUUAGGAGCACCUCUGCCUCCACCACCACCACCACCACCACCAAGUCAACCUCCAUCUGUGGCGGCCCCACACCACCACCAGUCCACCAACAGGAUGUUCAACAACCCGUCUUACCUGACCAACUACAUGGACACGCAGCAGGCAACCCACAACCAGACAGGUUACAGCGCUGUUGCAUUUGAUGGAGCCGGUAACUACAGCCACACUCCUUCACACCAUAGCUCUCAGUUCUCCAACCACCCCUUCAAACACGAAGAGGCAGUGACUCAGCAAAGUAGCUUGGGUGAGCAGCAGUAUUCUAUUCCUCCUCCAGUCUAUGGAUGCCACACGCCUUCAGACAGCUGUACAGGCAGCCAGGCUCUUCUGCUGAGAAAUCCUUAUAACAGCCAUGCCACAGGCUACGACAGUGACCCAAACACCCCCAUGGUGUACAGCUGCAGCACCCAGUACCGCAUCCACACACAUGGAGUCUUCAGAGGCAUACAGGAUGUGCGGCGUGUGCCCAGCAUUGCUCAGGCCAUGGUGCGGUCAGAGAGCAGCGAGAAGCGGCCUUUCAUGUGCGCCUACCCUGGAUGCAACAAGCGCUACUUCAAGCUGUCUCAUUUGCAGAUGCACAGUCGCAAACACACAGGGGAGAAACCGUACCAGUGUGAGUUCACAGACUGUGGCCGGAGGUUUUCUCGUUCUGACCAGCUGAAGAGACACCAGAGGAGGCACACAGGAGUUAAACCUUUCCAAUGUGAGACGUGUCAGAGAAAGUUCUCUCGCUCUGACCACCUCAAGACACACAACCGGACUCAUACAGGUAAAACAAGUGAGAAGCCUUUUAACUGCCGCUGGCCUAAUUGUCAGAAGAAGUUUGCCCGCAGCGAUGAAUUGGUGCGACACCACAGCAUGCACCAGAGGAACCUCACCAGGCUCCAGCUGACCAUCUGAGUCUGCUGUCGACCUACACCGCAGUGUUCAUGUUCAAACCUCUGUAACAUCUGUUAAUAUCGUCUGUCAAAUUAACCCCGUUCCAAAAAUACACAUAGGUGAUUAAAAAUGUAAGUAAUGGUUUGUAUUGAUGAACUGGAGACUCUUGUCUAUAUUCUGAAGUCAAAUGUAAAACUUGUGUAAAAUAAAACAGUUGAUUUGUGACAUAUGUGUGUUGAAUAGUGAGACUUUGGAGGCUGGAGCUUAAAGAAUAAUACUGUCAAUAUUUAUUAUUUGUGUCAUUAAUUUCCCUUAAAAUAAAGAAAACUAACACUGUGAAAGAAAUCCUCUCCCUCCUUUAAUUUAAAGGGACAGUUUUGUUGCUUCAAGUGGGAGGCAACCCGAGGGGCUCCAGGAAAUGAUGAAGGAUUAAUCGCUUAAAAAGUUGAUAUUAUAUGCCUUAUACCCAGUAGCUUCCUUGUAUUUAUGUUACCACUGAACCAACACACCCAUACUAAUGCAAUAUGUACCCGUACUUCCUGUCCAUCUAGUCCAUCUUUAGGCCUUCUUGUUUCC